GUGGGGGCCUCCUCGACCGACGGGGGACCCCGGGGCAACGUAGCCCUCCGGGGGGUUAGCAAAGACGUUCGUGGAAAGUCAUCAUCAGUCACAUCUGGCGUGCAUUACACACAAGAAGAACUCUUCUUUUGUGUCUUCUAUUCAUAUCCGUUCCGAGAAAUCAGGAGCUCCAUGUGAUCACCGUUGCACCUUGAGAUUGAAGCGUGCUAGGGGGUGUGGGGGGAUACUGAGCGUCUCAUGUGCGCCGCUGGGAACCUUCUCGUCCGUGCUGCUGCUGCUUCUCCUUCCGAUGUGGACUUUCUGGUGCCAAGCGGGAUCUCACAUGCACCUUUGAGGCUUCAAGGAUGUUCCAGCUCGAUGGGACUCUGUCAGCCGUCACUUAUGCGCUCCUGUUGGGAAUAACGAGUCUGGCCGUCGUCUGCGAUCGCUCCAAGGGCUCCUCGGACAUCUCAGGCUACUUGUCCGAAGUGUUGAAGAACUACACGGAGCAGGCCUGUGACGGUGAACUCCUGUCUGUUCGCUGCCCGCCACGCACCACCAUCACCGUCCAAUCAGCUUUUUACGGAAGGAAAAGCUCCUCCGACCUCCAUCAGUGCCCUCAGAGCUACCAGGCCCUCCUUGGUUAUUACGAUGCUCGGGGGGAUGAGUACUGCUCUGUGUCCACUGCACUACAGAAAAUGCUGGAUGAGUGCCAAGACAGAAGGAGCUGUCAAGUUCUUGUCAACAGCCGCGUGUUUGGGAUGGACCAUUGUCCCGGCAGCGGCAAAUACCUCACAGUGUUGUACAAGUGCAGACCCAAUGAAUAUAAAAGCAAAGUGGUGUGUGAGGAGGAUAGGAUGAGACUGAGCUGCAAACGGGGGAUGCAGAUCGUCGUCUACUCCGCAAUGUUCGGUCGAACCCAACAGGGCGCUCUGGAGUGUCCCCUGCACCACAGGAGGGCUUCAUCAAUGGAUUGCCAGUCGUCCAUUGCCCUGCAGGUUGUGACGUCCCGCUGUCAGGCCAAGAAGAGCUGCGUGCUUCGAGCCUCAUCCAGGGAAUUUGGGGAUCCCUGCUACUCUGGCACCAGGAAGUACCUCAGCGUCAUCUACACCUGUGUCCCAAAGAAGCUACUCCAGGAACAAAGCUCCAGACCACCAGCGUACUCCCCACCAUCCAGCGCCCAUGACCCCAACAUAGUGGGAGACGGCCCUCCUGAGGGGACCUCGGUCAAACGCCCCGACAUUGUUCCAGACCGGAAGCGCACCAGAGAGACCAGCGCCAACCAGGAGAGGUAUCCAGAGGUCGGAAGAGGGGGAGGCGAGACGCCGUUGAGGCCCCCGGAGAUGAAUCCCAUUAUCAACUCCACUUCCAGCUCCAGCAUGGCCCUCAUUAGCAACGCACUGGCGGCCUACACAUACGUUUCAAACCACCCAGAGAGGGCAGCGCUCUUCUUUGUCUGUGGCGUCUGUCUGGGCCUCUUCCUCACCCUCUUCGCGCUGGUGGUCCAGAUCUCCUGUCGCACUGACUGCCAGCCCCGCCGGCAGCCCGCCGCCAAGAAACGAGCUCGCCCCGCCGCCGACUCGUCGUCGGACUCCAGCGACUCCGACUCAGACUGGGACGCCAGCUCGGACCUGUCGGCGCGGCGGCACCGACGCUUCGAGCGCACGCUCAACAUGAAUGUGUUUACGUCGGCUGAGGAGCUGGAGCGAGCGCAGAGGCUUGAGGAGAGGGAGCGCAUCAUCAGGGAGAUCUGGAUGAACGGGCAACCAGACGUCCCCGGAACGCGGAGUCUCAAUCGGUAUUACUGACCACCGUUUUGAAUGGAACGCUUACUUGAACAAGUCUUAGGAUGGUUCGCACCUGCCAACCGACAGGGGGUAAUACAGACUUGAGAGGAGAGAAUUCCCCCUGAGGUCGUUAGCCUUUUCCUUUGGGUAUCAUAAGUUUUACCCCAUCUGUGGAGUGUUUUUUCGCCUCCUCUGCAUCUCAGCUGUAGCGUACCGCCGGAAGCGAGGGGAUGAAAGGCUAAACUGCCUCGCCUGUGACCUCAAGAGGCCUUUUUUUUUUAAUUUUUUUUUUUUAAGUGGGCCGUUAUGGUUUUUAGCUGCCUUGGACCAGUACAGGCCUGUGGACACUUCACGGUGAUUAAAGGAGCGAGGACUCAGGCAGCUGUAACUUAGUUCUUUAGUCAGCAUUCAAGCCCAAGAACUCCACAGGACAAUCAUUUAUUUUUUUUCCACAGAAUAUGCUGCCUUUUACAAAACCAAAAGAUAUUUUUUUUUCCCCCCCUAAACCCUUAUGAAAUCUAUUUUAUAAUAUUUAAUAGUUUAUUGAUGUUUGUGUAUUUUUGUUCUCACGUAUAGUUUAUAAUGAGAUAUUUUUAUACUUGGCAAAGGUGGUCCGGCGCCUCAGGGAUACAAUCCUACAGUGUCUGUGUUUGGUUUUGCCUUCUAAGAGGGGGAUCAGCCCUUUUUUUAAUCAUGUACGUUGGCAUUUAAAGAGAAAAAAAAUAACAUACAGAGAGCCUCAAAGAGGUUUUUAGUGAUUUAACCUUAUUUUUGAUACAGUAUGUGGAACUCACAGUGCAGUGCCUUUUCAAGCUAUGAGGUCUCUCACAGAUCUAUUGACUAGAAAUACCAAAUAAUCGAGUGUAUUUCCUUUUAGUCAUUUUUAGUUGCUUUUGCUAAAGUGAAACACGUGUUGAACGGAACUCAUAACCAUCUGGAAGCAUCCAUCACUGUGAGAUAAGAUUUCAAAUCACAUGGCCAAAUAUUAAUAUAAGCUAUUUACAAUCCAGUUCUGUUUGUGCUUCUCUGGAUUCAAGUGCAGAAAUGACAAUAUUUUUCACUUAAAAUGUUUUUUAUUUUCUUUUCUUUUUUUUAAACUUGAGUAACGGAUAGCACACAGAAUAUAUUAGGGUCACCCACAUUGGGACAGCCUGUCUAAGCUGUAUUUUUUUAGAACUUUUCUUGUUUUCAUUUGAAUAUGAACAUGGCGAUAGCUGACAAAACGCGAGACCAAGAGAUGACUCCUGUGUUUGGAAUAAACUGUUCAAAAAUA